CGGGCAAGAGACAGGCUAUUAGUGAGAGAAGUCAGUCGUUCUUGCUAUCACCCGAGGACGAUGCAUGCACUAUUUUAAAAGAUAAAAUGCCGGGUGUACAUCAGGUACAUUGAAAUCAAAUACGACCUUCUCCCCCUCUCCAUUCGGGUCAUUAAAAUCCGGUCCAUUAUUGACUUACAUCUGAUGUGAUCGGUUAUGCAGUAUGGCGUGCCUAAAACUCUACCUAAGCUGUCUUGUGAUUCUAGGUGCCCCAAUAUUCGUUUUUUGUGGAGAGUGUUGUAGAGCCCAUUAUGACAUUCUCUUUUCUUACAACGAAGAAAAGUGGUGUAGCAACUAUUGCUGCUUUCAGCUUGGAAAAUAUGACUGUUGCGAUAACUUUCUGUUACAAGCCCCAUCGAUUGAAAGAAAGGACUUCUGUGCAGCUUUUUUUACUAGCAAUGUUUGGGUGCCUGUGUUAAUCAGCAUAGGAGGACUGAUCCUGUUCAUUGGACUGUGUGUCUGUAUCUGUAAGGCCUGUUGUGGCAGCAGUCGGUCAACAGGCGUUGUGAUGCACGGAGCCAAUCCAGGUGUCGCAGUAGUAAAUUCCAGCAACAUGAUGCAACAACCCGGGUAUCCAAACCACAUGAUGCAACAACCAGGGUAUCCCAGCAACUCUAUGCAACAACAGCCCGGAUAUCCUAUGCACCAGCCUCCGAGCUAUCCGGCCCAGUAGUUGUUUCAUUAUACCAUGUUUCAGAGUAGUCAACUAUGAAUGACGCUAGACAAUGCAAACUUUGUAUAAAAUGCAUUCAUUCAUAAAACUUUUAUCAAACUAAUAAUUAUUUCCCUCUAGGUUUUUCUAGUUAACUCGUAUUGUCAGCUUCAGGAAAAACAAAGAAAGAAGAUAGUGAAGCUGUUAAAAACUUAUGCACAGUUAAAGAUCAAAUGUCAUGUUGUUUUAUGUUUUGUUUUAAAAUCUCAGAAUGAACCUUUUUUAUCAAAUUUAUACUUUUUAAAAAAUAAAAUGGAGGAUUAAAUUAAAGAGAAAUAUUUUCGUUUUUAGUAUUAUUUUUUUUAAUCUGGACAUAGUUAUUGAGUGUGGUUAAAAUGCAGAGCAGUGAGAAUUAGAGAGCGCCCAUAUGUAAUACUCCAAUUCAUUCAAAGCCAUAGUAUGACGGCAAUAUUUUUUAUUUUAUUAAUCUUUAUUUUUUUUUAAACAAACGCAAUAAUUAGCCAAAUAAAAUUAAUCCAACACAACAAUCCAGCUGUUAAAGAAAUUUUG